UCUUAGAGGAACUUUCAGUCGUAGCCCGUGGACCAGAAGCUGAACUAAGAGAAGCUGUGUACGAUGCAUUAGGAUAUUGAAGAAGAUUGAUUUUUGAAUUAAGUAUUUGGGAUCUAAGGAAGGAAACGUGACUGAAAAUGGGGCGCAAGAAAAUACAAAUCACACGUAUAAUGGAUGAAAGGAACCGGCAGGUCACGUUCACCAAGCGCAAGUUCGGGCUGAUGAAGAAGGCCUACGAGUUGAGCGUGCUGUGUGACUGCGAGAUCGCGCUCAUCAUCUUCAACAGCUCCAACAAGCUGUUCCAGUACGCCAGCACCGACAUGGACAAGGUGCUGCUCAAGUACACGGAGUACAACGAGCCGCACGAGAGCAGGACCAACGCCGACAUCGUGGAGACGUUAAGAAAGAAGGGCCUUAAUGGUUGUGAGAGCCCCGAUGCUGACGAUUUCUUUGAGCACAGUCCACUCUCGGAGGACAGACUCAGCAAACUAAACGAAGAUAGUGAUUUUAUUUUCCAGCGAGGCCCUGUUCUGAACAAGAAGGAACACAGAGGGUGCGACAGCCCGGACCCCGAUACUCCCUAUGUGCUAACCCCACAUACAGAAGAGAAAUAUAAAAAAAUUAACGAGGAAUUUGAUAAUAUGAUGCGGAAUCAUAAAAUCGCACCUGGUUUGCCACCUCAGAACUUCUCCAUGUCCGUCACAGUCCCUGUGACCAGCCCCAACGCUCUGUCCUACAGUAACCCAGGAAGCUCGCUCGUGUCCCCAACUCUGGGAGCCAGCUCGACGUUAGCAGAUUCCAGCAUGCUCUCUCCACCUCAGGCCACACUACACAGAAAUGUAUCCCCCAGCGCUCCUCAGAGACCACCGAGCACUGGCAGUGCAGGUGGGAUGCUGAGCACUACGGACCUCACGGUGCCAAAUGGAGCUGGGAGCAGCCCUGUGGGGAACGGGUUUGUAAACUCCAGAGCUUCUCCGAAUUUGAUUGGAACUACUGGUGCAAACAGCUUAGGCAAAGUCAUGCCUACAAAGUCGCCCCCUCCACCAGGCGGUGGCAGUCUCGGAAUGAACAGUCGGAAACCAGAUCUUCGAGUUGUCAUACCCCCUUCAAGCAAGGGCAUGAUGCCUCCGCUGUCGGAGGAGGAGGAGUUGGAGUUGAACACCCAGAGGAUAAGCAGCUCUCACGCCGCCCCGCCGCUCGCCACGCCCGUCGUGUCCAUGACGACCCCGAGCUUACCUCCGCAGGGACUCGUGUACUCAGCGAUGCCGACCGCCUACAACACCGAUUACUCUCUGACCAGCGCUGACCUGUCCGCCCUGCAAGGCUUCAACUCCCCGGGGAUGCUGUCCCUGGGACAGGUGUCGGCCUGGCAGCAGCACCAUCUCGGACAGGCCGCCCUCAGCUCCCUCGUCGCUGGAGGGCAGUUAUCUCAGGGUUCCAAUUUAUCCAUUAAUACCAACCAAAACAUCAACAUUAAGUCCGAACCAAUCUCACCUCCCCGGGAUCGAAUGACCCCAUCGGGCUUCCAGCAGCAGCCGCCGCAGCCCCCGCAGCCCCCACAGCCUCCGCCCCGGCAGGAGAUGGGGCGCUCCCCCGUGGACAGCCUGAGCAGCUCCAGUAGCUCCUACGACGGCAGUGCCCGGGAGGACCCACGGGGCGACUUCCAUUCUCCGAUCGUGCUCGGCCGACCCCCCAACGCCGAGGACAGAGAAAGCCCUUCGGUAAAACGCAUGAGGAUGGAUGCUUGGGUGACCUAGGCUUCCCGGCCGGCCUUGGGGUUUUCGUGUUACUGCAGUGAAGCUGUCCUACAUAUCUCAAUUGGUCAAUAAGGACAUGAGUGAAACCUAUUUAUAUGUACAUGCAUACAUACGUAUGUCCCCCGACACACGUACGUAUGUGGGCGUGAGUGUGCGUGUAUGUGUGGGUGUGCGUCGCAGACACAGAAUCAGGCACUUACCUGCAAACUCCACGUGGGUCUGCCGUCGAGUGUCCCUGGCAGACAGAGCACCCUGCCGGCACAGAGCGGUCGGGCACUUCCUCGGACUCCUCGUUUCUAACGAUGGCCGGUUUCUGCAGAGAGACGUGUCCCCAUGUGUAACUCUCCCACCGUAGCUUACAGAAACCUAGAGGGCCCCUACUUGUUUUAUUUAACUGUGCGGUGACUGUAGUUACUUAAGAAAAAAAAAAAUGCUUUGUAGAACAGAGCAGUAGAAAAGCAGGAACCAAGAAAGCAAUACUGUACAUAAAAUGUCAUUUAUAUUAGUUACCCAACCUGGCAUGGGUCUCUAUCGCAGAGGGGUGCAUGGGAAAGGGCUGUUGAUAUUUAAAGAAAAAAAAAAUACAAAAAACAAAACCAAUCAGAAGAGCCCCACACAUAACUGUUUUGCACGUGCGAAAAAUGUAUUGGGUCAAAGAAGUGAUCUUUAGCUAAUAAAGAGAAAGACUAGAAAACACGCAUGAGAUAUUCAGAAAAUACUAGCCUAGAAAUAUAGAGCAUUAACAAAAUAAAAUUAAUAUAUUAAGUUAUAAUUGGAAUAUGUCAGAAGUUUCUUUUUACAUUCAUAUCUUGAAAAUUAAAGAAACUGAUUUUAGCUCAUGUAUAUUUUAUAUGAAAGAAAACACCCUUAUGAAUCAAUGACUAUAUAUAAAAUUAUAUUCACUACUUUUGAACACAUUCUGCUAUGAAUUAUUUAUAUAAGCCAAAGCUGUAUGUUGAAACUUUUUUUUUUUAGAGAAUAGCUUUAUCUUGUUUUAACUUUUUAGUUUUAUUUUGAGAGGGGGAAUAAAAAAAAAUAUCUUGCAAACAGAACCUUGGAAAAAAAAAGCCAUGAACACUUAUUAUUCUAUAUGUAAAUUAAAAGUUGAGCCAAACUCUUUGUGUAUAUAGCAUCUUAAAUAUAUUAUCACCUUUGAUGUAAGUACCUAUGUAUUGUAUGGUCACCAGAUUAAAAAGUAUAUUUUUGUGGAUUGCCGCCAAUUUGGGGGGAAAAGGCGAGGUCCUUAUUAAGUAGAGUAUUCACUGUUUAAUAUUUACUAUUUUGUUAAAUAUACUGUACUUUGGAUUUAAUUAUUAGCCCAGUUUUUUCAGAGGAUUGUAUAAGGGGUUCCUCCCCUCACUGGUGGUGAAUGUGUGAUGUUACAUUGUAAUCUCUGUGCUGUAUGGGUUGAGCAUCAUUAUAUAUUUUAUAUGUGUACAUAAAUAGCAAAGUGGCAAAAAAAAUGGUGUUAAGUUCAUCCUGCAUAAAUAUAAAAUGUGUCGUAACAGAUUUUAUAAGGCAUUAUUUAAAACUUGCCUUUUGUGAGGAAAAAAUAUAGUAGAUAAAGCCUACCUAAUUUAAUGAAUAUUAGGGGGAAAAUGGCAAAAUAGUAGAUGAGCACAAAGGUUUUAUAAGUGGUAAAUGAUUAGGGAAAACUCUUGGUAGGGAAGGGAAUCCUCAAUGUAGGAUAACACAGCUGGGUAUAAAAAAACCACCAGUGCCGCUGUUCUGUGCAUUGGAAGGACACUUGGCGUGACUCUGGCAGUCCUAACUGAAAUCAGUGCCACCCAACCUGCAGCCUGGAUUAGGAGCAAGGCCUUAUUCUUACAGGAAGACAACCAAUCGGUGAUAGCAAGUUCAUCUGCUCACUGGGCAUGUGUCAUGAACAAAAUUCAAAGUCCUCGUGUAUCUUUCAUCAUGGAUUUUUUUUAAAUACUCCUUUUCCUGAGAAACUCAAGGAUUUAAAUAUUGUUGCUAUUUUAUAUUUUAAACGUAAUACACUGAUCAGCCACCUACAGUUUGUACUCACAUUUUGUUUUUCCCCCUAAAUUAUGCUCCUUCAGACGAUUUCUUCCUCUGCUGUUUGUGACAAAUCACCCAGCAGACUUCCUGACCAACACAUAGGUAUUAGGUACAGGGUAAACCUCGGGCAUUCCCAAACUGUGAAAUGCCAGUUUGGGCAAUAAAUAACUUUUGAUAGAGACCCCCAAAAGGGGAGGUGAGAUGCCAUCUCCUCUCUUCCAUGUAGACAUGUGGCUCGUUUUCAGAAAGGAUUUGUUUUUCUUGAAAAAAUGUACUUAUUUGACUCACUCUUACAGGCACGUUUCUUCAUAAGGUCACACCAAAUUGCAACAAGACAGUCUCCCAGCACUGAAUUUCCAAGAUCAUCCUUACCACUUUGUAAACCAUUUAUAGCUUUGGAAGUGUUAAGUGAUUCUCCUGUUAUUAUUUAUGCAUGUACAUUGGAAUAGGAGUUAACGCAUUCACAUUUACUGUCUAUUUUCUUGUGUGCCUUAUGAGAUGGCGUUUCUGACUGUAUCUCAAUAGUCUUUCUUUCUAUGCAGGUUUAUAAUCAGUACAACUACUGUUUUCUAAAAUACUACACAAGGCUCGGAGUUUGUACUUCAAUCACACUGACCAAGUAACAAUGUAUUCCGUUUUUCAGGAACUGAAUAUUUGACUGUUAACUUUCUCCCACAUGCCCCAGGUACCUGGGAGCAUGUGACCUGACAGACAUCCCUCACCCCACUCCCACGUGGGAACACAUCCACCUCCAUGACUCUCGGUGGAAGCCAGCCAAGAGUGGGAACAACACUCACGGUGUGGUUUUAGAACUGACUUUUCCUACCCAUUGAGAUUCGUGUGUGUUGUAUAAGACACCAUCACUAGAAAAUGUCAUCCCUCUGGAAGUAUGUCAUUAGAUGACUAAACGAAAACCAAAAUGCUCAGAGCAGCAAGUCACGCUGGUCACAGGCCAGCUUCCACGCUGUGGUCUGUCGCGCUCUAACUGGCACUUCCCCGAGAGCGACAGGUCCCAUCGUGUCCACACAGAUGGUCCCCAGCAGAACUCCCAUCUUUUGAGCUCUAAUAAGUCCGUCAUGUUCUAGACUCAAUCAGGGCUUUGUUCUAGAAGAACAAUACGUGUUUCUGCCAUUUCCUUUCACGAUCAGGACUAACGCAUUGGCAUCAUUUCUGUCUUAACCAUCACGCGCACAAGAAAUACAUAGUAAAUAAGGAACCCGACAACUCCUGGCGUUUGGAUCAUAAGAAGCUAGAUGAUUAGAAUGUGAAAAAGAUUUUACAAAUGUAAAAUUUUAUUUCUCUGUAGAAAACUUUUCUUCACUUUGCUGUGCAAGAAGACACUGCUUUGCUAUGUUUAAAAUGGCUUUUUUUUAAAAAAAAAAAAGAAAAGAAAAAAAGAGAUUUAUGUAUUUGGUAAAUGUUUGUAGUUCACACAAGAAGCUGUACACGGUUUGAUCCUGUAAAACCGUUUGGCGGCACAAGCUGGACUUUGUUGCCAUCUUUGAGAUGAACCUUUUAAGAAAAAUAAGUUAAUCUCAAUUUUUCCCUGAA